GUGCGCACGUACGCAUGAUUCGUGCAAGUUAACGGUGUGAUCAAAGGGCGCCCUCUCGUGUUAGAGCAGAAUAAACAAAAUGGCCGAGCCGCGUGAGGAAUCAGAUGAAAUUUUUCAGGAGAGCAGCGACCAUGCGUCGGCCAGCGAGGCGGAACAAGGGCCAGACGGCAGAAAGAAGAGAAUGUUCUCCAAAGAAUUAAGAUGCAUGAUGUAUGGAUUUGGCGAUGAUCAGAACCCUUACACAGAGACAGUAGACUUGUUGGAAGAUCUAGUGCUAGACUUCAUCACAGAUACGACGUUGAAGGCCAUGGAGGUUGGCCGGCCGGGCCGGGUCCAAGUUGAAGACAUCAUCUUCCUGAUCCGCAAGGAUUCCCGUAAGCUGUCCCGAGUCAAGGACCUGCUGAUGAUGAACGAGGAACUCAAGAAGGCUAGGAAGGCGUUCGACGAGGCAAACUACUGAAAUGGAUCGUUCAAGAUACAGCCCCAAGCUCCGCCCACCUUUGGUUCUUGGACAUUUCUCACGGUGCUUGUGAAUGAGUUUGACUGUGGUCACCUGACUAAAAGAUGUGAUCUAAUUGGUCAAUGGACACUAUUUGAUGGACUGAAAUGGACUAUUCCAGAUUUGGCUAUAAGCUCCGCCCACAUUUGGUUGAUGCACAUUUCUCACAGAACUUGUGACCUAUUUUCAAUGUCACCUGACUAAAAGUAGUGAUGUAAUUGGUCAAGGAAAGUUCCAUGUGAGGACUCUCUAAAGAUGAGUCUUAGAACUUGAAGGCCAUCAAAGUUGAAGAGCUUUUUCCUGAUCGUGUUUAUUGUCGAGAACGAGUUCAACACAAAUCCCUUUUUACACCGAGGGGCAUUUUAUAAGCAAAGAUUCUUCCAACCAUCAAGAAUUCUCAGAGGCCUGAGAUCUGGAAUGGAAGAAGGCAUAAGGAGCAACGCACCUGCUUAGCAACUGCUGAUGCGUCGCCAUGGAAACUGAUGGCAUGGACGGGGGGCGGGCGUAGUAACAUUGAUGCUCCAUUUGUUUGAGAGACAGUGUUUGAAAAUUUGUUAUCACUGAACAAUACAUGUAUGAUGAAGCAUUUUGUAAGUCGUAAUGACUUUAAUAUGUCCUUAUUAGUCCUUUAGGAUGAACGCACAACAAGGAACUCUGUAGUUCGUUCAUAAAGAAGUUGUUACAGGAAUCUAUUAACUUUUUACACAAAGUAAUUAAAAAUGUUACUGACAGUUUUAAACGUGGGUUACAUGGGUUUAAGGCAGUUCACAUUCCUUCCUGGAGUCUGAUAUCGCUGUUGCUGCAACACGACCAUUUUUCUGCCUUUUAGAAAUCUCCACUUUCAUCGUGACUGUAUGCAGUAAGUGCAGCAAGAGGCAAAUAUAUCAGGUUAGGCACGUUUUCUCUGCCACAUGUUAAGCUGCUCAAUGAAAUCCUCCAAUUCCUGUUAGCUCUGUUGUUUUUUAUGUACUAUAAUAAAGAUUUAUAAAGAAAAUACAAAUAAAUAACCGUUUUAAAAUGGUCCUUACUUAAAAUUACACUUGCAGUAUCAUUUCAAGACAAGCAAACUGCCUUGAAAGUUGCUUUUGAAAAUAAAAUUCUUAAAAGUAAUUAUAA